CUGCUCCGCCUAGAGAGGCAGCCUGCCCAACACCUCGUGUUGCUCGUGGCGGCCUGCUGCACCCUGAAAGCGCCGCGGGCAGCGACGGCCGUGGAAGGGCUGCGGCGGUGGCCUGUGCACCCUCCGGGGCGCCUUAUCAGCGCCGCCGCCUCAUCUGCUCCCCUCCGUCCCACCACCACCCGUGCUCAUCCUCCACUUCUCAGCCCUCCCCAUCCAACCCGUCAUGUCUGCCGCCACCGCUCCCGCUCCGCAGUCCGCCGCGCCCGCCCAGUACGGCGAGGCCGUGAAGCGCAUCUCGACGAUCCCGCUCGUCAACGAGACGGUGUCGUACGCGCACUCGACGGUCAGCGCGCACCCGCUGCUGGCGCGCGGCUACCAGCUGGGCGAGCAGGUCUUCACGCAGAGCGUCGAGGCCGCCAAGCCCAUUGCGCACCACCUGCAGCCGCAGCUGGCGCUCGCCGACGCCUGGGCCGUCAAGGGCCUCGAGCUCGCCGAGCGCACCGUGCCGUACCCCUUCCACGCCACGACGAGCGAUGUCUACUCUGCCGCGCGCGCUCCGGCCGACCAGGCACUGUCCUUCCUGCAAGCCUACGCCUCGGCGCUGCAGAAGGCGUACGACGAGCGCGUCUCGGCGCCGGCCAAGAGCCUCUACGAGGCACGCGUGGCACCGGCGUACGACUCGGCAACGCAGCAGUUCGAGCAGCUCAAGAGCCAGAAUGCCUACCUGCAGCGCGCCACCGAGAUCGUCGGCAACCUGCAGAACAACCUCGCCAAGAACCUCGACGCCGUCUCGGGCCGCGGCAAGGCCGAGGGCGACGCUGCCGCCCAGAAGGCGCAGGGCCUCUCCAACGCCAUCUUCGCUGAGCUCGACCGCGUGCGCAACUUCGCCCUCUCCCUCCCCGCCGAGAGCCGCAAGCGCGUCGACCCGGUGCUCAGCACGUUCACCGACGCCUACGAGCACCUCAGCAAGGAGGCGCGCGACACCAGCGUGCCGGUCACGACGCGCCUCUCGAAGGUCGUCGAGUUCGUGCGCACGCAGAGCAUCCCGGCGCUGCAGAAGGCCGUCGUGCACCCCGAUGCGGCGCAGGCUUCGCAGCCGCUGCCUAACGGCGUCGCCAAGUAAAGCACUCAACUCGUGCCGCCUUGCCUUCUCUUUCCGCCCGACCUAGAUUGAUCCGACCUUCUCACCAUCGACUACCCGCGUCCACUCGCUCGCCUCGCGGCGCAAGUGCGCAACCCUUCCCGUUCUGCCCCAUUCGACCUCUUGUACCGCCUGCGUCUUGUCACGACCUUGACUCCCU